AUGUUGGCCGAGAGAGCGCAAGGAACUAAGACAGGGCGCCUAGGGCCCGCUCCUUCUUCACCCACCUACACCAGCGACGCCGGAAGCUGCUCUCGAUGGCUUCCUCUCCCCAUUGAGAGCAAGGAGGUGUGGCUUGCUUCCCAGCUGGUUUGUCCUGUGGUCCUAAGGCAGACAUUAUGUGGGAAUGAAGGGAACACAUGCCAAUGUAGCACUUACUGUACCCUUGAAGUGACAGACCUGGAGUAUGAUCACAUAAUAAAUGACCAGCUGUUCUCUGUGGAUCAGAUCAUCAUAGUUUAUGUGUUCUCAGCUAAGGAAAAGGACAAGACUAUGAAAGAAGUGGCUAAACUGUACGGGGAACUGAACAGAUCUAGAAGCAUGCCUUGCAUUCAGUGUUGUUUGGAUUCCUUUCGAUUGAUCAAAUACAACAUCAUCUCUGCAUCUAAAUUUACUGGCAGCAAAAGUCCACUUCUGGUUCAAAGGCACAAUGUCAUCCCAGGAAUUUUUUUGGGCUCAACCUACUUCAUGUUUUGGAAAUGAAGAUACAGGUCUCUAAAAACAAAACCAACAUAAAAACAACCCAGCCUAAGAAAUUCUUAGCAGCAUGUGGCAUCCAACUCAAAUAGAAAGUACUAUAGAAAAUGCUAACUUGAGUGGACUGGUUUUAAUCGGAGCCGAAAAAUUAGAGGAGUGAAAUAUAUAGAAGGUAAAGUAUGGAAACAAAAUGGUUCCUUUUGAAUGCUAACAGCUCUCCUAUUUUGAGAACAGGAAUCUAAUCUAGUACAUUUAUUUUAAAGAUAGCAAUGAAAUAGGUAGUAAUAGAUGUCACAAAAUCCACGCACUUAAGUAUAAUCCAGUUUUUCAGCUCUUCACUGAGUCAGUUUACUCUUACUUUGUAUUUAUACAUUCUGCUAGCUGUCUUAGUCACCUGGUUUCCAAAACUGAAGCAGACUAGAAGCAUUAUGAAGAUGGAGAAAGUCUAUUGCUACAGGCACACUGCAGUGAGCACUAAUAUGAAUUAGAGGAAUCAGAACUAUUAGAAAACAAAAAAGGCACAGCAGAAUGGAGUUAUUUAGUAAAGGGGCAUAUAGCUCUCAGUGCCUAAUUAGUCUAUUACAGUAAAACUACUGUUACUAACAAUCAUUUUGACAUCUAAUUUAUUUCAUAUAUUGUUUGAGAAGACAGCAGUACACAGUAAGUUUAAAAAACACUUCCAUCAGGGCCUUCCCUGGAGGUCCAGUGGUUAAGACUGCGCUUCCACUGCAGGGGGUACGGGAUUGAUCCCUGCUCAGGGAACUAAGAUCCUUCAGAAAUUAUUUCAAAAUUUUUAAAUGCUUAAAGAGAUUUAAGCUCCAUAGAAAACUGGGAUAUCUAGAAUGACUCAUUCCCCAAAUAUUCAGUUAGGCAGUUCUUACUAAAUUAGCCAGGCAUGUUUAGUCUCAAACCAAUUAGUUCUAGAAUAUAAAUCUUGGUGAACACAGUUGAAGUCCAUUUACAGUGCUCUAAGUUUUAACUCUGCAUACUAUACCAGAACAUUUAACAAGAACAGAAUAUUUAACAUUUCCCUAAAAUAUACACAAUGAUUUAUACAAAGAUGAUAGUCAAAUUUUCUUUUAUAGCUGAAUUCAUUAAUGGAAAGUCCUAGAAACAUCACCAUAUAAAAACUGAAUUAAUACUUUAAAUGUAUGGCAAUCACAUAUUCAAACGGGUAUUUUUAAGCAAAUUCUUAGUAAAGAACUAAGAGGCAAACAAAAGUAUGCUAAGCAGACAAACAGGUACCACAAAGUCCAUGCACUUUACUGACAGAAAAGCCCCUUAAGCUUUGUUCAGUCUACUUACUCUUAUUUUAGACACAAUUCUAGCAAGCUUGGCAAUCUGGUUUCUCAGUCCACAGCAGCUUAGAAGCAGCAAAUUAGGGCCUAGUGCGGAAGGCAGGCACACAAAACAGCAGCAAAAAGUGACAGUUGAUUAAAGGGAAGAUAGAGAAACCGUGAAAAACAGACAUAACUCAAAAAGCAUAGCAAUACAAGGUCAUGUAGUAAAGGGGCAUUAUAUAUCUCAGUAGCCCCUAAGUGAAUUUCUGUUUAUCACCCCAUGAUAGGAAGUAAUGUUCUUAAAGAUGACAAAGAAAACAUGGACAAGUAUCAAGUAUAUUUUAGAAUAUUUCUUAUAAAACUGUUUUAAAAACAUUAAUGAUUAAAUUGAUUUGCUUCAGUUAACUGAAAAAUUAACUUAUGCAAGUUAGUCACCUGUCAAUGAUGAUAUAAAUGAAUUGUUACUGUACUUAGGAUAUUUCCCCCCCAUAUUUUCUCUUCUAAAAUAUUUGUAGCUUCAUUUUGUAAUUUUAAGUGUGAUUUGCAUAGAUAUGUCUUAUAAAUAGAAUUGGAAGAAUAAAUCAAUCUCUAUGUUUUCUCUGGUUAUCAUUCAUGGCAUAUCCACUUUAGUUCAAAUAAUGAGUUAUACCACAGCAUUAUGGUAUUUAGUUCUUGUUUUGUUUGGAUACAGAAACAAUAUACUAUGAUUAAACCAAACCCGUUGAACUUUUCUUCCCACAUGAUUUCUAGUAAUUUAUCAAAAUAUUUUAUAUUACUGAUGAUGUGUAAGUAAAAGUCAGUCACCAGAGUGAAAUGACCUCUAGGGUUUACUUUUGAUGAACACUCCGUUGACUUAUAAUUUUGUGAAACAUAUCAGAAUUUGAUUCUUUCUAUACUUUAACAUUAAAAGCUUUACUGUUUUCAUUAUGUGAAUCAGAAUAUUACUAUUUAUUUUUCAAGAAAAUUGAGUUUUAAAUUUUUUAACCUAUUUUUCUAACAUAUUUAUUAAGUAGUUACUAAUAUAACCAGAUCUUGUUUUCCAGCCUCAAAAGUUUUAUUUCCUUUUUAACUAUUGCUGAGAAGUCAGAAGUUGCAAACAUCAUUUAGCUAUUCAGAGAAUUUCGGUUUUGCUGGAAAAACUCCCCAUGAUAUUAUUACAUCAGCUGCACUCAAAGCCUUUAAAUGAUGGCUCUGGAACUUAAACUUAGAUCUAUCCUUCUGUAUUAAACCCUUAAACCCAUAUUCUUAAAUUUCCUUAGUAAUUUGCCUUAAAUGUGUUUCUCCUGACUUGCUUGUCUUCAACUUCAGAAAUCAAACUUGAGUCAAGGCAUCAGUUCCUAAUGAAAUAUAUUCACAAGCUGUUAAGUACAAUUAAUUUUAAUGAGGUCUUAACUUAUGGAGUCAGAUAAAACAGACAACUUGUGAAAAUAAGCAGCAGACUGCAAAUCAAAGACCAGCAAGAAUCUGGCCCUAGAUAGGCCAGAUAUGUAGACUUUUACUGAAAGCUGGGGGGAAAAAAAGGGGGGGCGGAUUUAAGAUAUGAUAACUGUCACCAGAUCAUUUACUGCCAUGACUUUCCUAACGGUAAGCAAAGGGAAAAAAUCUUGUCUUCAAGAGUGACCUAAAUGCCUCUUUUCAUAUAUUCUUACCUUAAGUACUAGUUUUAAAAUAAACGAUGGAAACGUUCAUAUUAAAAGCUGUUAGGAUAUUACUCCUUACAAGAAUUAUUCUGUCAAAAUACCACUGUUAAAUUUGGAAAGCACAAUUACAAAUUUUCCCCACAAAAUAUUUUCCCCAGAGGGCUUCUUUUGGACAUAGGGUGGCAGCUAUUAAAACUAUUCACAAGCCUGAUAAGAAAAAGUGAAAUAUUAUUUGAAAAGUAACAAGAAUAUCUAGUUAUAUUACAUGGACUUAUUUGUUUUAUUUCCUAAGGUAUUCACGGCAAGAAGAAUAAAGUCCUAGACAGAGUUCUUAGAUUUUACCGGGUAUAAACAUCAGCUAGGUCUCAUUUCAAAAUGACCAACUAAGAAUAAUUGGGAGUAUGGCCCCAGAUCUGUAUUAAAAAAAUAAGACCUACAAUUUAUUCUAAUGCAGGUGGCCCCAUGAAAAAAACAGAAAAACACCGACUUUUAGACUAUUAUAAGAGAAAAUUAGGAAUUUUCACAGGAAAGAUAAUAUUUUAUCUUGGAAAUAUUCUAAAAGAUGACAAAUUUUGAAAACUACAUAAAAAGAACAUUCAAUUAAAAUUCCAAGAUCCUUAUUUCAUGGUUUCAGUAAGUAGAACUUUCAUGGAACUAAGUAACAACUAGUGAAUAAAACAGAUCAGACUGGAAGGUUAGGAAUUCCUGAUUAAAAUUAGUCGUUCAAUGUUAAAAAGUAUCACCUUAGAAAGCAUUAAAUAAAACUGAUAUUAUGAAGAUAUUUUCCCCAAGCUGGUAUAAUAAAAAUCAUAUACAAUAAAAUAACUAAAAAUUA